AUACGCAAUACAGUAUGUUACAGCAAGAUAUAGUUAACCACAAUAACAACAAAUGCGGUUGCGGUUCUAAAGUGUUUACGCAUGUAAGCAAGCUUCUAGCGCAUGCAAGCAAGCUUCUAGAUAACGUUCUAAUUAAUUAUAUAUGAAAUUAUAAUAUGAUAUAAAAAUGAUAUUACAUGAUAGUAGUUGCUAUCAUGUAACAUCUCUGUAAAAAUAUAAAUCUGGUGAGAACUAUAUGUGAACAAUGAACAUGAUUAUUGUCUGCUCUUCAGCUGUAUCCCGUUACAAGUGCGGAAGUGAAUCAGAAUGAUCUCGUGAUAAGCCCAUCCCUUGCAUUUCAAUGAUGUUUACAUUACAAUACGAAGAAAGGCAAAAUUGAAGAAAUAUUUCAAUAUAAAACAGUGACUCUACGUUGUGGAACGAAAAAAUAAGUGUGGGAAUGAAGAAAUAGUCGCUUUGGUCAUAUUUGCUGUAUCCAGUUACAAGUGCGGAAGUGAAUCAGAAUGAUCUCGUGAUGAGCCCAUCCCUUGCAUUUCAAUGAUGUUUACAUUACAAUACGAAGAAAGACAAAAUUGAAGAAAUAUUUCAAUAUGAAACUGUGACUCUACGUUGUGGAACGAAAUAAUAAGUGUGGGAAAGAAGAAAUAGUCGUUUUGGUCAUAUUUGCUGUAUCCAGUUACAAGUGCGGAAAUGAAUCAGAAUGAUCUCGUGAUGAGCCCAUCCUUUACAUUUGAAUGAUGUGUACAUUACAAUAGGAUUAAAGACAAAAUAGAAGAAAUAUUUCAAUAUAAAACUGUGACUCUACGUUGUGGAACGAAAUAAUAAGUGUGGAAAUGAAGAAAUAGUCAUUUUGGUCAUAUUUGGUAUGUAACAUGUAAAGAACGAAAGCAAGCAUAAUUUGGUCGACGAGGUUGUCAUAUAUGAAGUCCUACUUCUAAAACAAAGAAUAAAAAAUGGUUUCGCCGCCUAAUAAAUUAAAUAUUGAGGAAAAUGGAUCUCGUUGUGCUCAUUUUGUACAUUGCAAAUUGAUGCUUUUUGCACAAACUCGUUCUUCAUUUCAAGCUUGAAAAAUGGCUUCAUCACCUCAAAAACUGAAGUUUGAGGCAAACGGAUUUCGUUUAAGUAAACUUUUAAUCAAUAAAGGAACACAAGCCUUAAAAACAACAUUGCAAAUCAUUAUAAAUCUUCAAUCAUCAAACUUGAAAGAUAAACUUAAUGAUUCUUCUAACAAGAGUAAAUUGACAUCAUUAAAAUUCAAAGUCAUCAGCAAGGAGCAAUGGAACCUUCUUUACCCAUCAACUGGCUCACCUGACAUUGAAAACUUUGAUAUUUCAUUAUUGACUGUCUUAUUGCGUAACAUAUGUGGUCUAACAGCGCCACAUGGUGGAUGGAAUAAUCUUCCUUCCUCUUCAGAUACUUCAAUCUCAGCAAACAUUGCAAGAAUAAAGUUUUAUCGAAACAAAGUGUAUGGUCACAUAAGCACAACUAGUGUAGAUGACAGUGAGUUUGAGUACUUGUGGCAGGAAAUUUCAAAAGCGUUGGUUGGUCUGGGUAUUCAACAAACUGAAAUAGAUGAAUUGAAGGAAGCUCAUCUCAGUCCUGAUGAAGCAAAUUAUAUUGAAAUAUUAAAAAACUGGUGUACUGUUGCUGUGAAAACAAAAGAAGAUGUGGAAGAUAUAAAAAAUGAUGUAGCUGAAAUUACACAAGUGAUGGCAACAAAAGCUGAGGUAGCAGGAGUAAAAGACAUAUUGCAAGUCAAAACAUGUUCAGAUCUCAAGAAACUUGGAAAGUGCAAUUUCAAUGGUGUUAUAAAAGAUCUUAACAAGAAAUACCUUGAAGGCACUAGACAAUGGUUAUUUGAAAAACUCGACACUUGGUUUAACGAUAGAAGUGAAGAUGCUUCCAAUGUCAUGAUUUUGAUUGCCGGUCCAGGCGUUGGUAAAAGUGUGUUUGCUGCUGAGGUGUGUCGACGAUAUUCUGAAAUGAAGAAACUUGCUGCUUCUCAUUUCUGCAGAUAUAAUAGAUCAGAUUAUAGAAAUCCUCGAAUUUUGAUAGAAUCACUGGCUAGUGGCAUGUGUGAUACAAUAUCAAAUUUUAAAAGUAAACUGAAUGAAGAAUUACAGAGAAACCAUUCCAAAGAAUCGAUCACCGACGCAUUCCGUGUUUUAUUAAAUGAUCCAUUGCAUUCAUUAGAAGAUCAUGAACCAAUGCUUUUGGUUAUUGAUGCCUUAGAUGAAAGUCAAGUUGAGGGCAAAAGUGAAUUAUUGGAAUUGAUUACUGAUGAAUUUGGCCGACUGCCUAAAUGGAUUAAAAUCUUCAUCACCAGUCGUCCAGAACUUCCUGUUAAAAUACAAUUGAAAGACAUGAAUCCUGUAGAAAUAGAAACUCAACCUCAUGAUACAGAGAACAAAUACGAUCUUUGCAAGUAUUUAGCACAUGAGUUGAAAGUUAAUUUCAUCAUUGCUGACAGGUGGCACGAAGACAGUGGCUUUGGAGACAUUGAUGAAAAUUGUUGCUCACUUGGCAUUGAUGACGUUUAUAUGUUUCCUUAUUCCAAGUACGACUUUUUUCGUUUAUUAGUUAAAAAAUGCGAGGGUUCGUUUCUGUACGCUUACCACGCACAACAGAGUUUAAAAAAAGAAAAAACUGAGCUAACUGUCGAGAAUAUUAAACAAUUGGUUCCUACUGGGUUGAGUAAAUUUUACACAGAACAUUUCAAGAGAUUAAAUAAUUUAUUGAAAGGAAUAAGUUUAUCAACACCCAAUACCGUUAUUUCCGAUAAAAACUUUACGGAAUGUCUUGAAGUGUUGGUGACUUAUCAAAGUACUUUGCCUUUGUCUUUUCUUUUUCAAUGUUUAGGUUUUUCUGAUGACAUGAUGUUUAAAGAUCGUAUUAAAAUACAUGAAGUGCUAUCUCAAUUUUUUCCAAUUUACGAUGAUUAUUUGACCGUGUAUCACAAGUCUCUCAUUGAUUGGUUAAAAUCAGAUGGUUAUGAAGAGCAUGAGUUUACAGUUGAUCCAAAAAAGGGUCAUAAGUUCUUAUGGCAUGCCUGUGAGAAAGUGUUUAAACAAAUUAAGUGGAUGAACAUUUUUAAAGAUCAAAUGAACACUGCUAUGAUUCAAUAUGCUUUGAAGAAUGGAGUCCACCAUAUGAUAGAAUGUGGCGAAAAUGUUGACUUUAGCUGGGCAGUAGAUGUCAAAGUGGUUUGUGCGAGGUUUAUGUGUGUGAAAGACUUUGACCCGGAUACGAUUAGGCCUGAAUUGUUUGAAAUCAUUAAGGAACGACGUACUUUCUUGAAAAAAGAUGUACUUGAAGAACUAAUAUUUCAUUUCUUUGUGAGAAUAGAGGUGCCAUUUGUGUUUAAUGCAAGCUUAAUUUAUUUACAAAUUAUUGCAAACAGAAUUCAUGGCAGUAACGAAAAAAGAUUAUUGGCAAGGAAUUUAUUGAAACAAGGAAUGCUUGUUUGGUUUGAGGAUUUAGACUCAACAUAUUUAACAAACCAUCAUAAUUUGACUGUCUCCUUGCGUGCUAACGUUACAUCUCUUUGUGUGUCAUCCAAUGAAGAACUUCUUGCUGUAGGAUAUGAAAAUGGUCAAAUAUCUAUUUUUGAACUUCCUGAAUUUAUACAACGUUGCACUCUAGGCAUUGCACUCGAUGAUUCAAGGUUGGAUAAAUGGGAUGAUGUAGACACAUUUAUGUCCCUAUAUGACAAAUAUUACGAUCCAUUAACAAAGAAAUUUGGUUUUGUACAAGGAAACAUAUAUUGUUGCUCCUUUUCACCUACCGGAAAUAGACUGGUAACUAGUGAUGGAUCUACUGAAGUAAAGUUGUGGGACGUUAACAAUGGACGUUUGUUAUUAUGUUUACAGUCAGAUGAUGUCGUUAAUCGUUGCUCUUUCUUAGAUUCAGGUUUGUUUAUUACAGCAAGAUAUGAUGGAAUUUCUUCUAAAGAUGUGUUCACUGCAUGGAAUUCAUUAACUUUGCAAAGAAUUGAUCGACGCUGCGUUGUUGAUUACCAAAAACUACAAUGCACCGAUAAAUAUUCAGAGUUCUUUGCUGCAGAAUUCGUCGAGACUUCGUAUGAUUUUCAAUUCCACCAGGCAAUCGAUAUUUUUUCAACUGAAAUGGAAUAUUUACUACAUUUACAUUCAAUGAUAAGACAACAUUAUCGUGAUUGUAUUUUUUAUCAUACAAGCCAGAAUGGAAAGCUUUCUGAAAUCACUCAGUUGACAAAAUACAACGAUCAAGGAGAAAUCGUGUUUUGUUUACCAUAUGUUAGGUGUCCAUGUGUUGAUAGGAUUCUUGACAAAGUCCAUCCAAUCUCGUUUAAGGAAUUUUACGUUGCGCCGUAUCUUUCCAAGCUUAAAAUUUUCAAAACUGAUCAUCUUUCAAAACCUUCACUUGUUUUUAGAGAAUAUAAAAUUAAAUGUUGUUGUUUUUCACCGGAUGGAUCUUUUUUGGCUGCUUUCGCUGUUGGUGACCACGUCAACAUUCAUAUUUGGAGCAUUGAACGUUGCACUAUUAUUCAAACUGUACCAAUGCAACUGAAGAAAGCAAAAGGAUGUUGGUGGUCAGAUGGCUUACUGUGGAUAUGGGAUGGUUCUGAUCAUCUUACGAAGAUAUCAACUUCGUCUGAAAAUUUUGUAGAGUCUACUCAAGCAAAGCAUGUUAACAUUGGAUUUAAACCUAAGAAAAUCUUAACAUUUGGUGAUGUCUUGGUUUGUAUUGACAAAGAAAAGUUUGUUCAAGUUGUUAGAAUUACCAAGGGUAAGAUACAAUACAACAAAAGACUUCCUGUUGAUAGUUCAAAAUUUAAAGCAGCAGCUGUAUCACCUGAUAAUUCUGUUAUUUUAACUGUAAACAAAACAGAAUACACAUUAUGGAAAUGGAGAAAUAACAACAAUGAACUUUACCUGAAACAUUGGCAUACUGCAGAAAUAUCCAUAACACCUGUCAUUGAAAAAGUUGUUCGAGAACAGAUAACUGUAAAUGAUCUAAAGUUCAACUGCUGUAUAAAUGAUAGUAAACAAGCAGUCAUAGCAUUUUCCAUAGGCGUCAGAUGUAUGGGCAUUUAUGUAAUUAAUGUUCACGAGAAUGGUGAUGUGAAUGCGAUUUUGCAUGAUGUCAGUAAAUUUUAUUUGGACUCUAACGUAAUUGUACACAAAUCUUAUUGUAUUGGAGCGUCUUCAUCGUCAUUGCUUGCUGUAGAUUUAAAGAAUGGUGAAAUAUGCGCUAAAUUUAACGAACGUUAUUUUAUGCCUAUUAUAACUAUGCAUUCCAAUACAGGAACUUUAGCUUUAGUUGACAGUUUAAAUUGCAUAAUUCAAUUUUUAAAACUUAAUGCUCCUGAAUAAAUACAUCAACUCAAACUUUAAUAGUAAAUUCAAAAACCUUUUGAGAAAAUUGCAUAUAGAUGUUGAUGGUCGUAAGAAUGAUUGCUUGUUUCCACUUACUAUAGUCUUCCACAGAAGAAGUAUACUUAUUCUACCAGGCAAUCUUUAAGAAAUUAUCUAUAUUUACCAAAAAUAAAUUUGGACAAAUUUUUCAAAAGAUCUUUAAAUUUAUCGGUACUAUUCAUUGGAAUGUCUUACCUCCUGCUAUUAAAGAAUGUAAAAUAUUAUCUAUGUUUUGCAAUUAUCUGAAACAAUAUAUAAUUGCUUUUUAUAACACAAAUGACUUGUAUUUAAAAAGAGUGCUUCUAUACUAAUUGAUCAUGAAAAUUUGUUUAGUCCUUUCUAAUAUUCUACUUGUAAUCUUCAUAAAUGAAUUGUCAUUUAAACAGGGCAUCCUCUAGAUUAGACUACUACUGUAAGAUGCUCUGUCAAACUUA